UCCACCCAAAGAGAUCUUGGAUGAAGGUGCAAACGUGAGUCAGACAAGCAAGAAGUUAGCAACUCAUUUCAAUCCACUUACUAAGGAAAUAUAGUGGGAGUUUGCCCUGUGUAAAAUAAAGAGUCAUAGUAAUAUAUUCAUGAAUAACAAAAGGAAUCCAAGUUUGAAGGAGGCAAAUAUUUCUGAAGGAUCUGGAAGCAUAUUUUGCUGUCACUGAAGGAAUGAACAUCUUGAACCUGUGUGGAAAAUGCCCCUUUUAAAAGAAAACAAAGUGGCAAAGGAAAUUUUGUGUCUGUGAUUGAAAUCUCACUGAAUUUGGUCUCAGUUGCACUUUUAACCUCAAAGACCAUGACCAAUUUGUCUCUGCUCUGUCAUUAUUCCUUGCUGAUUCUAUUUCAGUCUAAAUAUCAGGUGUAUGGAAACAAUUCACGGCUAUCCAAAAACCCAGGGUUUGACAUUUUACAGACAGCAUCCCAUUACUGGCCCCUGGAAGAUAUGGAUGGAAUCCAUGAGUUUCGGGAUACAAAUGGAGAUAUUGUAGAAGGAAUGGUCAACAAAGGAAUUUACCUCACUGAACCAAAAAGAGUUACCUUUCUCAUCUUUGGAAACUCCCAAAACUCUUGCAUUAGUAAUCCAGAAAUGUGUGGACCUGAAGGAGUAACAUUUUCCUUUUUCUGGAAGACUCAGGAGCAGCAGGCUAACUUUCCCCCAGCCUAUGGUGGACAGGUCAUUUCCAGUGGUUUCAAAAUCUGCUCAAGUGAAGAUGAAGGCUCUCUGGAAUUUUAUGCCCGUGGGAAUUCAAUGAAAUGGGAGGCAAGCUUUAGUCCCCCAGGUCCUUACUGGACUCAUAUUCUCUUCACGUGGAAAUCAAAAGAAGGCUUGAAAGUCUAUGUCAAUGGAACUCUAAACACCACCGAUCCAAAUGGGAAAGUUUCCUACAGCUAUGGGGACCCCAACGCAAAUCUGCUGACAGGGACAGAGAAUGAUCAGAGCAAACGCUAUGUGAACGGGGCUUUUGAUGAGUUUGUCAUAUGGGAAAGAGCACUCACCGCCAAGGAAAUUGAACUAUACUUUACAGCUGCUAUUGGCAAGCAACUUUUGCUUUCUUCAACACCUCUCUGGCCCAUUAUGACAACCACUACAAAUCCCAUACUCUCCACAGAUGCCUAUCAUCCUAUCAUAACUAAAUUGACCAAGGAGAGAGGAAACUUCCAGUACCCAGAGGACCUGCUUCACUACCUGGAAAACAUAUCACUCAGUUUACCCAACAAAUCUCUGUCAGAAAAUACGGCCUUCAACCUGACAGCGGCUUUCUUGAAAGCUGUCGAAGAUUUUCUUUUGUUACCCAGCUGGAUUGGCAUAUUGGAGACUGCUCCUGUGGUUGGAAAUUUAAUCGAAACAAUUGACAAUGUGAUGAUGCACAUGGUCUGCAAUCUGGGACAAAACCGACUCCUAACUGUUGAGGGCUCAUCAACUGUAGCAGAUUACUCUUUGGUCAAAAUGGCUCCUCAGACUUUGAAUUUGUCUCACUACCGUUUCCCAUCACAAGGACGGAGUUAUAUUUCUAUCCCCAGUGAAGCUUUUUAUAACAAAGCUUGGGUUACCAUUGUGGGCCUUUUUUACCAUAACAUGCACCGUUUCUUCCGGAACAUCAACCCUACAGACACCAAGAUUGCUGAGGCUGCUGCUUAUAAAGGCUACAUGAUCUCUGCAAUGAGCUAUAUUAUUUCCCUGAAGGUGGAGCCACCACCAACCUUGUCUCAUAAUCUGUCAGGAUCUCCUCUUAUUACCAUUCGGCUCACCCAUAAAUUGACUCCUCAGCAGUACAGCCAAGCAGUGAAUGAAAGCAACAAAGUUAACCUGUAUUGUGCAUUUCUGGACUAUAGCAAUGGAAGUGCCAUGUGGUCUAAUGAAGGCUGUGUGCGUGAUGGCGGGGACCUCAACUAUUCAGUCUGCCUGUGUAACCACCUCACCAACUUUGCCAUUCUGAUGCAAGUGGUACCCCUGAAGCUGACGACUCAACACAAGAUGGUGCUGUCAUCCAUCACUUAUAUCGGCUGCUCCCUAUCCAUCUUCUGUUUGACUAUCACUCUGGUCACGUUUGCUAUACUGUCCUCUGUCAGCACCAUGCGUAACCAGCGCUACCACAUCCAUGCCAACCUGUCCUUUGCCAUCCUGGUGGCUCAGAUCCUGCUUCUCAUCAGCUUUCAAUUCAGCCCUGGAAUGGUGCCUUGCAAAAUCUUGGCCAUUCUCCUUCAUUUCUUCUUCCUGAGUGCUUUUGCUUGGAUGCUGGUGGAAGGAUUUCAUCUCUACAGCAUGGUGAUCAAAGUGUUUGGGUCAGAAGAGAGCAAACAUUUAUACUACUAUGGGAUUGGAUGGGGGUGCCCACUGGUGAUCUGCAUCAUCUCUGCAGCUUCAGCCCUGGACUGUUAUGGAGAAAUUGGCAAUUGCUGGCUUUCACUGAAGAACGGAGCAAUCUGGGCUUUUGUGGCCCCAGCAUUGUUUGUAAUUGUGGUCAAUGUUGGCAUUCUCAUUGCUGUCACCAGAGUCAUCUCAAGAAUCAGCGCAGACAACUAUAAGGUGCAUGGAGAUGCCAAUGCAUUCAAGUUGACAGCUAAGGCCGUUGCUGUAUUGUUACCAAUCUUGGGAAGUUCAUGGAUCUUUGGAGUUCUAGCUGUCAAUGACCAUGCAAUGGUAUUUCAGUACAUGUUUGCAAUAUUCAAUUCCUUGCAAGGAUUUUUCAUCUUCCUGUUUCACUGUCUUCUGAAUUCAGAGGUUAGAGCCGCCUUUAAGCACAAAACCAAGGUGUGGUCCCUCACCAGCAGUUCCAUUCGCAACAUCAAUGUGAAACCCUUCAAUUCUGAUAUCAUGAGUGGGAAUAGGCCGGGUACAACUCCUACAAAGAUGAACAACUGGGACAAGAGUACUAAUUCAGCCAAUCGGAUUGAUUUAUCAGCAGUCUGAUAUUAGACCCAGAUUCUCUCUGAAAAUCAAGCCAAACCUUCAGGACCUCCAAUACAGCCCCAUCAUUAUUUUCUCACCAUUAAUGCCAGUAGGAACUGCUCUUCUAAUCACUGCCUAAGAAAUUGGAAAUUGCCACAUUGCUUUGCCGAGUAUGUACAAGUCUGUCCUCACCUGCCUCCCUUCCAGUGUGUAAUGCAACCUACCACUUGGCCAUUAGCAAUAGCUGUAGAGUAACUAGCACUAUUAUACACUGGAUGGUUUUGUCAGCGACAAUGACAACACUAGGGAUGGGAAGGUUAUUGCUAUCCAAAUCUAAAGAUCAAGUAUUUCAGGAAAGAUGCAUUUUUGUGCUCUGCAAAUGAAAAGUUUCCUAUUGUGAUGUUGUAAUAGGGCUAUUCUUGUUUAGCUGUGCACUCUCUGUUUACAUGGAAUAUCUUAAGUAAUCAAUUAUCCCAGUGAAGCUUAUUACCACCACAUUCUGCCAACAGGCAUUUCAUUGGAACACUGUACGGAAGCGAAACCUCGAGGGGAAAAAAAGAAAAAUUCCAGCCAUUCAGCCCACUCUAUAGACUUGGGACCUAUGAAGCAGAUAUACACUAUGUCUAUAUACACACACAAACAACAUGUGCAAUGUAUAUAUUAUAUAUUACACACACACACACACACACACACACACACACACACACACACACACACCACUAACUUUUUAGAUAUUCCUUUUUCCAGAUCUGCAAUAUAUAUAUAAAUGGCUCUGACUACCCUGCUCCAAUCCGCAAUGUUAGUUUCAGUUAAAGGGCGAUUUCUGUCUGCUGAAAAACCAUAAUAGAAGCUAGUUGUCUCAGUUUUUCAGACAGAUCAACAAUGGUCCAUUACACGCUUUUUACAAAUGGAAUUGACCUGUAGCUUCUGGAAAUCAAAACCCACACUGUGACUUAUCUUUCUCCUUUUAGUGGUCAGAAUGAGACACUGAAUUCCAAAAAAAAUACUGUGAAGGUAGCAAGACUGCAGAUGGGUCUGUGUAUUGGUAUCCAGACAUCUUUUAAACAGACUGCAAGACAGUCUUUUGUGAUUUAAACUACUCAGCAUUCAGCAGCUUUUGCUUCCAAUACAAUUAUGUAGUAUCUUGGGGGGGGGGCGCUCAGUUUUCAUUGGAGCAAUGUCUUCCUGGUUCUUGUAGACCGUCAGUUGGUAAUUCACUGAACGUAGUUUGGAAACACUGAGGCAAACCCUCAGCCACACUAUUGUUGUGCCCACCCAGCGGGGUUGGUGGGGAGAGGACAAGAUGGCUUUUGCCACUGAUAUACCCCUAUUCUCUUGAGGCUGGCCAGGGGCUAAUUUCGCCUCAAAAAUAUGCAUCUUGCUCUAUUUGCUCAGCAACAAUCGUUCCAAAGGGAACAUUCCACCAACUCAGUCUGCUCAGACCAAAAUGACAUUGGUGCCACAUCUUCUCUCUCCUAGCCAUAUCUCUAACCUCCCCACCCCCCAUGCUGCCCCAUCUCAUUUGGGGAUUCCCCUUCAGUAGGCAAACCCCUGAGUAGUUUGUGCUUGCUUUCCCAAUGCUUUGUGCCACCAGCUAUAAGCAGGGCCGGCGCUUCCAUUUAGGCAGUCUAAGCAAUUGCCUAGGGUGCCAGGA